UCAUUGGUUGCAGAUCUUCGGUCAGGUGGAGCUGUGCGUCCUGGUGGGUCUCCGAGGACAAAACCCCGGUGCGCUGCUGUUGCUGGAGGUAUCUCACUGGUCUACACCGACUGACACAUUGAGGGGAUGGCGAAGUUUAACAGAACCAACACCGAAAUUGCGCACGUCUACAGGGGAACAUUUAUCCACUCGACCCAGCAGACAGCGGUGCAGAUCCUGGAAGAUGCGCUCCUCGGAGUGGAUACAGAGGGAAAGAUUGCUUUCAUUGGGAAAGGCACGGAACAAGACAGACUGUCUCAGACCUUUGAAUUCAAUCUGUCUGAAAUCACCCAACUGGCACAACAUGAGUUCUUCAUGCCAGGACUCGUGGACACCCACAUCCAUGCAUCGCAGUACAGCUACGCUGGCACAGCUCUGGACAUGCCCUUACUGCAGUGGCUCAAUACCUACACCUUUCCUGUGGAGUCACGAUUCAAGGACUUAGAGUUUGCCAACAGGGUGUACACUAAAGUAGUGAAAAGGACCCUGAGAAACGGAACAACAACCGCAUGUUACUUUGCUACGAUACAUACAGAUGCCUCUCUCCUGUUGGGCCAGAUUGCAAAUGACUUUGGACAGCGUGCCUUGGUGGGCAAGGUGUGUAUGGACAGGAACAAUUCUGUGAAACAUUACAAAGAGACCAAUCAGGAGUCUCAAGAGGAAACCUGUCGGUUCAUUUCAGAGCUCCUGAACAAAAAGUACCCUCUCGUGAAGCCCGUGGUGACCCCCCGCUUCGCUCCAUCCUGCACAGGGGCCUUGCUAGGACAGCUGGGAGCAAUCGCUAAGAAUAACAACCUGCACAUUCAGAGUCAUAUCAGUGAAAAUGUUGAGGAGGUGAAGCUGGUGAAGGAGCUGUUUCCUGAAUCAGAGUCUUACACAGACGUCUAUCACAAAUACAACCUGCUUACUGACAAGACAGUGAUGGCCCAUGGCUGCCACCUCAGUGAUGAAGAGUUGGAUCUUUUCAGACAGACAGGAGCCUCUUUGUCUCACUGUCCCAAUUCCAACAUUUCGUUGUGUAGUGGAGUGUUGAAUGUUCGCAAAGUCUUGAAACACAAAGUGAGACUUGGACUGGGAACAGACGUGGCGGGUGGCUACUCGGCUUCUAUACUGGACGCCAUGAGAAGAGCUCUUGAGUCAUCCAAAGUCUUGACUAUUCAGGACCCAGAACACGACACACUCACCUUUGAGGAGGUGUUCAGACUGGCCACGCUGGGUGGCAGCCAAGCCUUAUCCCUGGAUGACCAAACAGGGAACUUUGAAGUCGGCAAAGACUUCGACGCCCUCAGGGUGAAUGUAGCUGCUCCUGGUGGACCCAUUGACCUGAUCCAGAGCGAAGAACCAAAGAUACUCUUGGAAAAGUUCUUGAAUUUGGGUGACGAUCGCAACAUAGUCCAGGUGUUUGUAGCCGGGAGGAAGGUGGUACCAUUCACAGACGCAACGGCAGAGUAAAAGCUUCUGUCCUCCACACACCUUCACUCGUCUCAUGGCACAAACCACUCUAACAUUCAACUUGAAGAGGACUUUAACGAAUGAAAUACACAUCCGAGAUAUACAAUAUGUGCAGCACAAGAAUGAUAAAGACAAACACGCCGGAAAUUAGUUAUUAUCACCAUAAACAUUUUACUGUAAAAUCCAGAGGACGUAUAUGUGACGUGAUAUGACUCAGUGAGGGUCAUGUGGUCAGCCUGUUGCUGAAGUCUUAAAGGGCGAUUACUGGGCUUCAAAACAGUGAAUAAGGAUACUAAGACUUAUUCAUGCACAUUCAUGCAAGCCACUUUUUAUGUUUAGUUAUAACAACUUACUUAAAUCCACCUUAACUAACACUACUGGUGACGGUAGCUGUUUUCCACUGCACGUUGAUAUCACAUUGAGUUGCCUCGAGCUAUUUAAACUGUGCAAUUGUCCAUGAAGUACAUGUUUACGUAGGACUUUGUGCUGGUGACGUGAAGCUGUCCGGUGCUCAGAGUACAGCUCGACAAUCAAAUUUUCAUGCUUGUGGAUGCAAGAAAACACUUUAUGAUCGUAUCGACUUGAGUUAUAACCAUAAGUCAUUCACUUUUUACACUGUACACUCCACUCAGGUGUUUUAAAUGACAAAAGUAUGACUAUAUUAUAUUGUUUUACAGUAUUCUCUUGAUUUGGUUUCAGUUUGACACAGUGUGGUGAAAAACAAACUUAAAAGUUCAGCAUUCCAACAACGAAACUGUUCUCUGUAAUGAAAUAAGAUUUUUUUUUUCAAUGUAUUUUAACAUUUUGUAGUACUAACAGCCUCAAAAUCCACAUCCUGAUUGGUGGAAAGUGAAACUGUACUGAACCUGAUGCCGUAAUAUGUGGUAAAAUAUGUUGAUUUUAAUAUUGACCCAAAUAUAUAAAAUGUAUUUAUAUUAUUACUCUUAGAAACUGUCUUAUAAAUGCUGGGAAAUGAAGGGAAAGUAAAUGGACUCAUUGCUGAAUAUGUGUUUGUCUUGAUAAAUUAGAAUUAGUAUUUAAGUAUUUUUACUAAACUAUAGGCAGUUCUAUCACAACAUAUCACUUUAUCUACGUGUCACAUUAUGGGAGCUUGAAAUAAAGAAUACUACUAAAUCUG